AUGAACGCAUUAAAUCCUUCAUAUUGAUCUAAAAUAACCCUGGUUUUAGCGUUUAUCGGGUGGUCACCUUGACUUACUACCAGGGGCCAGACCGAAAUCUCACCCUGCCUAUCACAUGUGGGAUCAAAAUAUCUGACAAGGAAAAUCCAUAAUCAAGGCUCUCUUCUAAUGUUGUGCUACAAUGGAAUCUCAUCCAGCACCAAAGAGCAUUUAAAAUAUUUAGAAUCUCUUACAAAAAGUUUAGCCUUACCGUUAACCUAUUCUCCUUACUGUAUGGAAUCAGUUUCAAGGUAUUGUGAGAAAUCAGAUGUUCUCCUGAACAAAAUUCAUAGAUCAACUUCACCGGUUGUUACCAGCUUGGUUAGUCUUUGUUGAAAAAGGUUACCAGGUACAUCCUUUGAACAUCCAUAA